UCGGCUACGACAUGGCGGCUAUGGGGUACGAGAUAUUGCGCAUCACAGCUGCUAGCUGUGCAGCCACCGAGCCAUAAAUUGCGAUGGCGAAAGAAAUGCUAGUGGAAGGCGCGACUUGCUUGUUUUGUGGAAAUCCGCUACAAGCUAACGAGCAAACGAUUCAAGCCUUGCACGGAAAAUGGCAUCUUGAUUGCUUCAAGUGUUCAGGGUGUAAGAGGCAACUGUCGUCGACAUAUUUUGCGCGUGGCAAGACGCUCUAUUGCAGGAAAGACUACACCGCAAAAUUUCUAUCGACCUGUCAUGUUUGCGAACAAAACAUCACUGGACCUGUCAUGGUUGUAGCUGAUCACAAGUUUCAUACUGAGUGUUUUACUUGUGGAAACUGCCAAAGAUUCUUGGAAGAAGAAGAUGAUUAUGUUCUUCUAGAACGACACAGACUUAUUUGUUGCUCGUGCUACACACAAGAACAAGAACAAUCUUGGUGGAGUUCCUCCUUGCAUGUGGUCCAUCAUUUCCAUCUAACAACUCCAGAAACUUUGAAAUUUGAAAUAGAAGUUGUGAAGGGAGAAAGAAAGAGACUGUUGCAACCUGGAAGAGCUGAGAAAGAACCAUCAGUAUCAAUCAUGAUCAAAGGGUUCAAUAAUAAAGGUUUUAAGCGGCAGACACAUGAUGUGUUAGCAGUCCAAGCUGGAGAUCUGGUGUUGGAAGUCAAUAGAGUUGUUGUGUCAACUACUACGGUGGACAAGGUUGCUGCUCUUCUAACAGCUCGACCAGACGAGAUCACACAAAUCACAAUUGAACGAAAUCAGAGUAGACUUCAAGUCAAGCCCAGACUAUGCAGGCUACCCAGUGUUGAUUCCGAUAGUGAUUCUGAAGAGAAAAGCUUCCGCAACAGGUCAAUUUCCCUCUUCUCUCGAAGAGAACUACGGCGCUGUCGUACAUCAACAGAGAACAACUCUGUAGUGAAUGGGGAAGUAGAGUCUCAGAAAGAACUCGCUUCAAAGAAGAGCACGAAACCUGCAAUGCGAUCCAAUUCACUUCCUCGAAGCAAUUCAAUGUCUGAUUCAUUCAAAGUGAGAUCCCCUAUUCACAGAGCUCAGUCAUUCAAAGUAGAGACUGUUUCAAACAGAGUUUUCAGGCCUUGUGAUCUGGCGAUAGGAGAUGUGAUUGGGAAAGGCUUCUUUGGACAAGUUAGAAAGGUCACACAGAGGCAGACAGGAGAGGUAAUGGUGUUAAAGGAACUCCUACAUUAUGAUGAGGAGGCAAACACAAGCUUCUUAAAAGAAGUUGCCUUGCUGAAGAGCUUGGACCACCCUAAUGUAUUGAGAUUCAUUGGCGUUCUGUACAGAGACCAGACUCUAAACCUGAUUACUGAAUACAUCUCUGGUGGAACAUUACGUCAAGUUUUGAAGGAUAAGGGUAAGCAGUUGUCAUGGUUACAGAGGAUCAGGUUUGCAAAAGAUAUUGCAGCAGGGAUGGCUUAUCUUCAUUCUAUGAAUGUAAUGCACAGAGAUCUGAAUUCCAAGAACUGCUUGGUCGAGCCCGAUAAGGAGUCAGGUGAGAUGUCGGUUGUGGUAGCAGACUUUGGUUUGGCCCGUGUAGUGAGGGACAGACCAAUGUCACCUAUGAAUCGCAUUUCAGCAACACUGCCGCCUUCUCCUGGUCGUAAACCACUUUACUUUACCGGUAACAGGCUACCUCCUCCCAAGAAAAGAUAUACAGUUGUAGGAUCGCCUUACUGGAUGGCCCCGGAGAUGUUGAAUGGUAUGACCUACAACGAAAAGGUUGAUGUGUUUUCCUUUGGGAUUGUCAUGUGUGAGAUUAUUGGCCGGGUAAAGGCUGAUCCGGAUUUUCUUCCUCGCCUGUCAAAUUUUGGUUUAGAUGAGGAGAAAUUCCGCAAAGAGUUUUGCGAUGGAUGUCCUGAGUUAUUUUACAGAAUAGCAUUUCUUUGCUGUGAUUUGGACUCUGAUAAGAGACCCGAAUUUUGCGACCUGGAGAAAUGGCUGGAGUCGCUUCUGCUUCACCUUGAAGUUGGUCUGCCAUUGCUAUCUGACAUGACGUUUACCCUUCUACCUGGCACUCUUAUGAGGAAAAUAAGCGAGACCAGUGAUGGCUAGACGUACCGAGGGCGGGGACAUAAGCUUCAGAUAAGCACAUACAAGCCUGCCCAGGCACCAGCAGUCCUUGAAGGACGCAAAAAUUCAGAACAAUCUUACUUUUGAGCUUUUUUCGUUCAAAUAACGUCGACAACCUGGUUCCAGUCCAUGCUAGCAGCCUUCGCAAGCAGUUUUGUUCUCGAUGAUAUUUUGGGAGUCUGGGACCAAAACAGCUUCCCAGCGUACAGCACACUCUGUUCCAGACUCCCUCUCAUGGCUGAAUUCCAUUUCCUUUGGGUCAUUUGUUUUUAUGGCGUAGAUGGCGUAGCUCUUGUAAAAUAUCAACAUUUUCUCUGUUGCGGAAAUACCGUUGAAAUGGGAAGCACCUUGCAGACUGUUCGUGUGUUCUUACAAUACAAAAUAUAAUUUGCCUCUUACACGUAAAUGUACUGGUAGGAAUAACGAACAUUUACACGCAACUGCAAUUGUAGUGUGCGCUCACCUGCUCUAAAUUUGUACACACUGUAUCAUAAAAGAAUUCAAGAUAAAUAUUGAGUCACAAGGUAGUUAGAUUAAUUCAUACGUACGCAUUUCGUACAAGCACACACGCUGAUGAUCAAUUGAAGUAACAAGAACAGCAGGUCUCUUGUACUUUUGAUUGCGUGAGAGAGAAUGUUUCUAAAAAAUGAAAGUACUAGGUCAUAUGACAACUUUGUACAAUAUUUUUAUUGUUGAUACUCCACGUUCUUGGAUCACCGGUUAUGAAAUACCGUAAGUCAAUAAAUGAACUCAGAAGUUAA